UUAUUUUAUUUCAGCCUCGCAUUUUAUAUAUGCACGUAUAUAAACUGCGUACACAUAUAAAUUUUUAUUGCGUUCUAAAAAUUUUGGAGAUUAAGGCCUUAUCAUCUCGGGAACUUAAUUACGGCCCUAAUGAUCUAUUUGGCAUCUUUUUCAAAUUGUAUUAUCCCUCAGGAUUAUGAUGAGAUGUUACUGCAUCAAAAGAAAUCCGUGCAAUGAUAAAAAGAAAUGAAAAAUAUCGUACGUUCGGCUGACGCGAUUUGCGCGCAUACGGCCGAUCUCUCCGUGCCGCACGAGCAACCUAAAUAUAGAGUGACACUGUGGCAUUAAUUUGUUGAAUGAAAAGAUAGGUGCGUUCAUGCUCGAGGGGGACCGUGCGUCAUUGUGGGGUAGAUCGCGACGGGGUACAGCAGAAAUCUCUGCAUCCGCGCGAGCCCUUCCUCGAAGUCGCGCUCGGUUGAACGUUCGGCGAACAUUCCAAAAGGGGUGGCUCCACCUCUUUAAAAAUUUUACAUCCUGCGCUGAAAAUCCUGGAGGUGAUCUCAUCCUAGUAAGAUUGUGGAAUAUUUAGCAGAACAUCAAGGAUGCAAGAGUAAGGAGCCAGUGCAAGGCGGUGAAGAAGUAAAGUCGUUGACGGUGUGGGAAAAGCACAUACUGGAUCGCAAUAAUCACCGUUUUGAUCAGAAGGAAGAGCGCAACCCACGCAUUCGCGAGCUGGUUUCCACUCGCAGCCAGUCAAUUAUAAUGACGUGAUUUCUCCAAUUCCGAUCUCGUUUUGCGAUUUCCUCGCUGCAAAGAAUAAUGCCUUCGAGAGAAUCGACUCAAGGCCGUCCCAAGGUAGACAGAUCCACCAGUCCCCUGUCGCGAAAACCGGCGGCGAGUCCGGCCGUGAAUCCGGCCGCGAAUCCGGUGCAGGAGCUGAAGGCUCUCUUCGCCGAGCCAACCGUUAACAUAGCCACCUCUAAUGGCGAAAAAGAAUCGGACUUCCGAUUCGAGGCCAUACAAUGCUUGCGGCAAUCCUCCUUCCUCGUCAAGAGAACCAAGGAUCUACCGGAACGAGGGAAUUGGAGCAGCAAGAUCGAAUUUAUUUUGUCCGUCGUGGGAUUGGCCAUAGGUUUGGGAAACCUGUGGCGAUUUCCUUACCUCUGCUACAAGAAUGGCGGCGGUGCUUUCAUGGUACCCUAUUUCAUCGCGCUCGCGCUGGCCGGUAUACCCAUGUUCCUGAUGGAGCUGUCUUUAGGACAAAUGCUGACGAUAGGCGGCCUGGGUAUCUUCAAGAUAGCACCGAUCUUUAAAGGCAUUGGAUACGCGACUUGCGUGCUUUCUUGCUGGACCAACGUGUAUUACAUCAUCAUCCUUGCUUGGGCGCUCUUCUACUUUUUGGUCUCCUUACGAGCUGACUUACCAUGGAGAUCUUGUGACAACUCAUGGAACACGCGCUACUGCAUCACGCCUGACGAACGUCUGAACGUUUCAUGCUGGGAGGAUGAUUACUGGCCGAACAACAUUAUAUGCGCCACAUCCUUGGGAAACUUGAGUCACGAGCUGUUGAAGGAUCCGGUCAAGGAAUUCUGGGAGAGGCGAACCCUGCAGAUUUCCACGGGUAUCGAAGACGUGGGCAGUAUAAGAUGGGAAUUGGCUGGCACGCUUGCAGUUGUGUGGAUCAUGUGCUACUUUUGCAUCUGGAAAGGCGUGAAGUGGACCGGCAAGGUUGUCUACUUCACGGCGCUCUUCCCGUACGCUCUGCUAGCGGUGCUGCUCGUAAGAGGCUUGACACUGCCGGGCGCUUCAGAAGGUUUGAAGUAUUACGCUACGCCGAAUCUUUCAAAACUCGGCGAUCCCGAGGUAUGGAUAGACGCGGUGACGCAGAUAUUCUUCACUUACGCUCUCGGUCUGGGCGCGCUGGUAGCUCUAGGCAGUUACAACAAGUUCAACAAUAACGUUUAUAAAGACGCUCUCAUCGUAUGCGGAGUGAACACCUGUACCAGUCUGCUUAGCGGAGUGGUUAUAUUCUCAGUGGUCGGUUUCAUGGCCCACGAGCAACAGAAACCAGUAGCCGACGUGGCUGCUUCUGGACCUGGUUUGGCUUUCUUGGUUUAUCCCUCCGCAGUGUUGCAAUUACCCGGGGCGUCGAUUUGGGCGAGCUUAUUUUUCUUUAUGCUACUUCUAAUAGGACUGGACAGUCAGUUCUGCACUAUGGAGGGCUUUAUCACCGCCGCCGUGGACGAGUGGCCGCGAGUGCUUAGAAAACGGAAGGAGCUGUUUAUCGCCAUUGUAUGCUUGAUCUCCUAUCUAAUUGGGCUUUUGUGCGUUACGGAAGGUGGAAUGUACGUCUUUCAGUUGCUAGAUACGUAUGCCGUGAGCGGAUUUUGCCUGCUCUUCCUCAUGUUCUUCGAGUGCAUUUCCGUGUCGUGGGCAUUCGGGGUGGAUCGAUUUUAUGACGGCAUACGGGACAUGAUAGGCUAUUAUCCUUGCUUCUGGUGGAAGAUAUGCUGGACAGUUACUACGCCUGCUAUUUGUGUGGGUGUCUUCAUCUUUAAUAUCAUUAAAUUUGUCCCUGUGAAAUAUCUCACGUAUGAAUUUCCAUGGUGGAGUCACUUGUUGGGAUGGUUCGCAGGCCUCUCCUCGAUGUUGUGCAUUCCAGGUUACAUGAUCUACAUCUGGAACGUUACACCUGGAACUACCUCAGAGAAAUAUCGGAAACUGAUAAAAAUAGAGGACGAUGUUGCCGCCUUAAGAAAGAAACUGAAUCCAGUCAAGGCCGCUGCUAUCGACACAGAGUUCGAGCUAUAGAAUCGCACUGUGCUUUCUUUGAU